GCGCGUUCCUACCCCGGGUUUUGAUGCAUCCUUGGCCAACACCAUCUUCCAUAGACAGGUGAAAAAUGAGCAGUCAAACAAAUGGUGUUUGAAUUCGCCUCGAUAUAGCUCCUGCAACUGCUCGGGCAUUUGGAAUCUAUUUUCCAAUGUACCGAACUCCCAUCUCUCGAUAAAAACAGGGGGGCCCCAGUCACUGUUCACACUGCCUUGCCAUACUCGAAUGGGUGAAGUCACCUCCAGUUCGAUCGCUUUCUCACUCGCUCUCUUGCAGUACUGCUCCCAGAUUAGACAUGUUCACUUAUACCGCCAAGCGUCCGCGGGAGAAGGAGGACCAUGAGCCCGAUGGAAUCACAACUCAUGAAAAAAAGAAACAUCGCUCUUUGCCUCUACGUGCCUCUCCCCAAACAAAUAGCAGUUUGCCGUUCUUGAAAAGUGACCAUAAUGCCCUACAAGUCGGCGUAUCGAGUUUGACCUCAGCAGAGUCCUCGGAGGAUGAUAAUGACCAUGGGCAGCGUGGCGAAAACCCUCACAGCUGCUUAAUGGAAGCGGAGUACCAGCAGGCCCAACCAGUGCUUUCAGCCGCUCGGUUUGGCACGGAAAUGGACGUUGACAACGGCAGCAAUAUCGGUAUGGAUUCUGUUGACGAGAGCUGCAAUGACCGCUCACAACAAUCCCCGAUACCACCCAGAGUCAUAUACCGCUCACUCACAAUAAGCGAGCAACAGACUACACGCCUCGCCCAUGGAGCCUGCCCCUCUACAGUCAAUUCCACCGAGAACUUAGAAAAUCGAAAUGGUGCAUAUCGCACACGCCGCGAUGCUUUGGAUGACUUGUACAACGACCGCAAUACAGCUUGGUGGCGUGAUCAACAUCUUCCCAGCCCCGUUAGUGACGGCGGUGCCAUGGCCAUCAGUAGUAAAGAUUCGGCUAGUGAUGCGGAUAUGACCUACACUAUGUCGCGCCCGGCGUCCCCUUCUUCUGGACAAAUGAGUGGCAUGUAUACGAACAUGUGUGAAUCGGAUCCUUCGCCGGGUUUCAUUAACGGGGGUCAAACUAGCCCAAAGAAGUUGACAUUUUCGAUGGGCUACCGGUCUGAUUGUGAUAGAUGCCGACGCAAAGUUCCUGGUCACUACAGUCACAUCAUACGCGGUUGAUAUUUUUAUGAUACCCUAGGCUCACGGUGUUUCUCGAUGAAGAUUUCAGUAAAGAGUUGUGAUUCUUGGUCUCCCUCACAGAAUGUAGAUCUCCACCUACAGAGUCGUAUCAUAG